GUUUGGGCCUACCUCCUGUGUUGUCCGUGAUGGAAGCCGUGGGCGUGGACCUCAAGCCGGCUCGCUUCUGUUUUUGAGUGACGUGCCUUGAAAAACGCUCUCACGGCUUCUUUCCCGGCCGGCGUUGCUCCUUCCUCGGGCUCCGGGGCUCUCGACUCCCUCCGGCCCCCUUGGACCGUGUUUGGCGGCGCUCACGUUGGUCUCCGCCCACUUGGCGUCCGUUCACCUGUGCCCCUGACACCCUUACCUAGCUUGGUCGCAACACAAGCAGAGAAACUAUUAGAGCGUGGGCACUGUCCAGCCCGUGGGCUGUCAGAGUAAUGAUGCGGGUGUGCUGGUUGGUGAGACAGGACAACCGGCACCAGCGAAUCAAACUUCCACAUUUGGAAGCAGUGGUGGUUGGGCGUGGCCCAGAGACCAAGAUCACUGAUAAGAAAUGUUCUCGACAGCAAGUGCAGUUGAAAGCAGAGUGUAACAAAGGAUAUGUCAAGGUAAAGCAGGUAGGGGUCAAUCCCAGCAGCAUUGACUCAGUCAUAAUUGGGAAGGACCAAGAGGUGAAGCUGCAGCCUGGCCAGGUUCUCCACAUUGUGAAUGAACUUUAUCCAUAUAUUGUAGAGUUUGAGGAAGAGGCAAAGAGCCCUGGCCUGGAAACACACAGGAAGAGAAAGAGGUCAGGCAACAGCGAUUCCUUAGAAAGGGAUGCUGCCCAGGAAGCUGAGCCCAGUACAGGACUGGUACCUGGGAGUGACCCUAGCCAACGCUCUGUGCCCCCAAACAAGGGGACAGAUGAGUCUACCAAAAAGGAAUCAUUGGGCCACUGGAGUCAAGGCUUGAAGAUUUCUAUGCAGGAUCCCAAAAUGCAGGUUUACAAAGAUGAGCAGGUGGUGGUGAUUAAGGAUAAAUACCCCAAGGCUCGUCACCACUGGCUGGUCUUACCAUGGGCCUCAAUUUCCAGUCUGAAGGCUGUGACCAGGGAACAUCUUGAGCUCCUCAAACAUAUGCAUGCUGUGGGGGAAAAGGUGAUUGCAGAUGCUGCUGGGCCCAGCAAACUCCGCUUCCGAUUGGGCUACCACGCCAUUCCCAGCAUGAGCCAUGUACACCUUCAUGUGAUCAGCCAGGAUUUUGAUUCUCCGUGCCUUAAAAACAAAAAACAUUGGAAUUCUUUUAAUACAGAAUACUUCCUAGAAUCUCAAGCUGUGAUCAAGAUGAUACAAGAGGCUGGCAGAGUGACUGUCCGAGAUGGUAUGCCAGAGCUCUUGAAGCUGCCCCUGCGUUGUCAUGAGUGCCAGCAGCUGCUGCCUUCCAUUCCUCAGCUGAAAGAGCAUCUCAGGAAGCACUGGCCCAAGUGAUUGUGUGGAACCUGAACUUCUGCAGCAAGUAUGGUGAUUGUUUAGAGCAGACUCCUGGCACCUGUUCUGGAUUGCCUGUGAACUUUUACUUAUUUCUUAAAUUAAAAAUACAGGCUUUUUUUUUUUUAAAACAAAUUUUGUUCUAUUCUUGAGUGACAAAAUGUGGGGUGACUCAAAAUAGGUCAAGAAUUAGGAAUUUGGGUUUGUCAUGGAUGUGUUCUCUGGUUGGGCGAGGGUGGCCGGGAUAGGCCUGACCA